AUGGCUGUCAUCGACGGCAUCGACCUCGACGCCCUCGAUUACGUUAUCAAGGUCCCGUACAAUGGCACCGGCGCAACCGGUGGCGACUCCUUGACGGAGAACCUCAACAUCUGGUACGAGAGCGGCGAUAUCGGCUGGAUGAUCACGGCCACGGCCCUCGUCCUGCUCAUGAUUCCGGGUGUCGGAUUCUUCUACUCCGGCCUGGCCCGGAGAAAGUCGGCCCUCUCGCUGGUCUGGCUGUCGGUCAUGGCCACAGCCGUCACGACGUUCCAGUGGUUUUUCUGGGGCUAUUCGCUUACCUUCUCGCACACGGCCAGCUCGUUCAUGGGCAACCUGCACAACUUUGGCUUCCGGGGCGUGCUGGCCCAGCCGUCGGUAGGAUCGUCGCGCAUUCCGGACAUUCUGUUUGCCGUGUACCAGGGUAUGUUCUCGGCCAUCACGGUAGCCUUAGCCACAGGCGCAGUAGCUGAGCGAGGCCGCAUGCUGCCGUGCGUGAUCUUCAUGUUUGUGUGGGCCACGGUGAUCUACGACCCGAUCGCCUGCUGGACCUGGAAUCCGCACGGCUGGACGAGCAAGCUGGGUGGCCUGGACUUUGCCGGCGGCACGCCUGUGCACAUUGCCUCGGGCACGGCCGCGCUGGCCUACUCGAUGAUGCUGGGCAAGCGACGCGGCCACGGCACGCACGAGCUCAACUACCGUCCGCACAACGUCACGCAUAUCGUCAUCGGCACGGUCUUCCUCUGGGUCGGCUGGUUCGGCUUCAACGCCGGUUCGGCGCUGUCGGCCAACAUCCGUGCCGUCAUGGCCGCCAUGGUGACGAACCUGGCAGCGUGUGUGGGCGGGAUCACGUGGUGUGUGCUUGACUACCGGCUAGAGCGCAAGUGGUCUACUGUCGGCUUCUGCUCGGGCGUCGUGGCCGGACUGGUGGCCAUCACGCCUGGCUCGGGCUACGUGCCGGUCUGGGCGGCCGUGCCGUACGGCGUGCUCGGCGCAGCCUUUGCCAACUACGGCACCAAGCUCAAGUUCAUUCUCGGGAUCGACGACGCGCUCGACAUCUUUGCUGUGCACGGCAUCGGCGGUCUUGUCGGCAAUGUGUGCACGGCCUUUUUCGCGGCCGACUACAUUGCCCAUCUGGACGGCGUGCAGGUCAUUCAGGGCGGCUGGAUCAACCACCAUUGGGUGCAGCUGGCCAUCCAGCUGGCCGACUCCUUUUCUGGUGGCUGCUACUCCUUUGUCGGCACCUGCAUCAUCCUCUUCGUCAUGAACAUGAUUCCCGGGCUGCAUCUGCGGGCCAGCGAGGAGGCCGAGAUUCUUGGUAUCGACGACGCCGAGAUUGGCGAGUUCGCCUACGACUAUGUCGAGCUGACCCGCGAGGUCCUCAACGAGGUCGACAACGAGAACGGCUCCAUGUUCUCCAACGACGCCAUGACUGGCUAUCCGCCCGCCCCCGAGAAGAACAGCAUCCCGCUGCGCGACGCCCGCAUGUUCUCCGGCCAGUCGUCGUAUGCGCAAUGA